UUAGCAUUUUUCAUCCCGUCAGUUUUCAAAAUAAUCUUCUCUGCGUGCCAAAGCAAAAAAUAGAUUCAAAUAACUCGAAAAUGGUGUUUAUUUUGCGCUCUACUACAGUCCUCCUUCUGCUGGUGGCAGUAAACAUGAACGGAGAGACGUUAGGAUUUUCAUUGACGAUGUCUUCCACUUCUCUUGACAAGGGAUCGGCAGCGAAACCACUCGAAAAGAAGAAAGUCGCAGUGUUUGGAACCGGGGGUUACUUGGGUGGUUGCGCAUAUGGCUUUCUUCAGCGUGCCGGCUCCUUGUACGGAACGGGGAUCGACGGUGUUGGAGCACCGAGAGCAAUAGUUGCAACAUCGUUUGGUUCUGCGAAUCUCAACAGCGUCUUGAGCAAAAACUUUGUACUCGCCCAGGCCGACGAGUCCUACAUUCGACUCACAGAUAUGACUUCGAGUGAAUCAAUUCAGUCGAAGCUCAGAGGCUUCGAUGCUGCUGUUUUGGCCACUCGUUACAGUUUCAAGACGCUUCCAAUCACAAUGGGAUCGUAUGGAAAGGGUCCAAACGACAAAACUAGGGAAUUCUUCAUGGAUCAACCCCGGUCGGCAACUACCAAACUGAUGCAGGAUCCCGAGUAUUCCGACCAGGUCUUUUUGGACACUUUGGAGGCAUGCAAAAACUCAAAAAAGUUGAAAAAAUUGAUAGUGGUGGAAACAGACGCGGAAUUCGAUGCCGAAGAAAGCUUUGUCGGAGACAAAUAUAUUCAAGCGCUCGAGGAAUCGGAAAUUCCGUAUACAUACAUCCGCCCGAUAGGUAGGAUGGAGAAUAUCGAAAACUUUACUUUUAAGAAAGGAGUUCAAACGAAUUUAAACAUAGGAAGGGCGAAUUCGGUAGAAGAACUAUGGCCGGUCGAAAACAAACCAAUUUAUAGAGAGCACAUCGCCGCUGUGUGCGUCCAGUCACUCAUGACUCUAGGAUGGGAAGAGAACCAGGUGAUCCAAGUGGAUCAAUCUCCCGACGUACUUGAUGUAGAUGUCAAGAAGGUGAAUACAGGAAAAGAAUGGUGUGUCAAUUCAUCGAUCAUUCAGAAUUCUCUUGCAGCGCUCUCCUGAUCACUGCUCCCAACGAGUCAACUCGUAGCACAAAAUUACUGGAGCGACUACAAUGUUAUUAUUGAAGGUCAAAAGUGCAUAACUUUCUUUCAAAUAUGGCUAGUAUCAUUAGGCUAGCUACUUUGCGAUGAGCAUAAUGCAAAAACCGCUACAUCCAUUCUUUCUUAAGUGUUAUCAUCCUCACCAUUAAUGGAAAGUUUUUCAAAAUUCUGUGUCACAAAAAGAAAUAAUAAUGGUACGAGAAAUCUUAAUUGGAUGAUGAUAACUAUGUUCAUUCUUGUGCCUAUCCUUCACUAGGAGCAUUGCCUACUUUCUACACGUAAUUCUAAAAAUAUAAAUACUUGCACAAG